AUGGAGAGUGGAAGCAUACCUGACAACAGGAUAACUGCCUCAUCUCAGAUCUCCCAAGCCAAGAACGGGCGAUUGAACAGAAAAGGAUCUUGGUGUGCGUCCACAAGUGAUAACAAUCCCUACCUGGAAAUUGAUUUACAGACAUUUCAUAUCAUAUGCGCCGUGUAUACCCAGGGGGAUUCCCUAGCAGACAAUUGGGUGAAGACAUACAGUCUACAGAUAUCAACCGAUGGAACUUUUUGGACAAAUUACAACGAGUUUGGAAAAGUUAAGGUAAACUGCAUACCAUUAUUUUCUGUUAGCAGCUCACUUUUCAGGGAAGUACUUUUAACUCUUUUAUUCCCAAAACUGAAAUCUAGGUCAAACAAAAAAAAUGUAAACUGCUGAAAAACAAAUAGUGCAAUGAGAAAGCACUGCCAAAGAGGUUUCAUUUCAACGAUCACGCUAUUUUUCUAUCAUUACAUUGAUUUUAGAUCUUUUCGGGAAAAGACCGUUGACAGAGACAGAGAAAAUGGACAUUAUCAAUUAAGGGUUGUUAACGAAAUGGCUGCGAUUUGUAGCAAAAAGAAGUCAUAACAAGUUUUGUAUGAGAACCGAGCUGUACGGAGUGAAGCAAAAGUCAGGUAAAUCAGUUCUGACUUUAAAGUGA